UCAGAGUAGUAUUCGGCAAAGAGUGGCAGGGGGAGGGGAGGACCUGAAAGAAAAACUAGAAAAGGGAGGAAGGGAAAACAAAGAAGAAGUCAAGGGAACGCGAUUAGGAGGAGGGAACACGUGGAAAAUUGGGAGAGUGCGUUUGUAAAGUGAGGAGACAACUCAGCCAACUCGGCAGCUCCACAGUUCUUUAUUUGAAUGAACUAGAGCUUAUUUAAAAUUUCGCGUUUCACUCAGAUGAAUUUAUUCCUGAUGAAAACUUCAAACUAAUCUCUGAAUUGACUAACAUCUGUGGGGAAAGGGAUCAGAAGACAUGAACAAUUCUGCAUCUAGGACCGGACAGACGAGCUGGAAGUUGCUCAGAGAAUCAUUGUUGCUCUGCCUCUUUGCCGGGAGAGGGCAAGCACAGUGUGAUGGCUGUUUAGAGUACUGCUGCGAUGGAGCACCUCCUUUCUGCUGUUCCUACUAUGCUUACGUGGGUGAUAUUCUCUCGGGGACGGCAAUAUCCGGCAUCGUAUUUGGCGUGGUGUUUCUGAUGGGGGCGGUGGCGGCGGGCUUUCUGUUUAUCUGCAUGUGUGUGAAGAACGGUCGAGGGGCUCGCGUUGGAGUCUUUGGCACGUCCUACAUCAACACGGUGUCACAGGGAUAUCCAGGUCCUCCUCCACCCUACACCUACGACUAUGAGAUGUACUCUGCAGAUCUCCACCCACCUCCGUAUACACCCACCCCUCCCAGGGGCACAAACUACUCCCCUCCUCCCCCGUAUCCAGGCUACACCCGGAAGUGAGCGAUUAUCUGCACCUGAGGGGUAGCAGCCUUUGCUCUUCAUUACUGUGUAUGGGGGAGGUGGGAGGGAGUAGACAGACACCCUCCCAGUGCGAGAUGAUGUGGUACUCCUGGGCUAUAAAUUAAGAUACAAGAACUUGAGGAUGUUCACCAAGGGUAAGAACUGCCCAGUUCUUCUCUGGUCAGACCAGUGAUGUUGUGCCUUCUGGCUAGGUGCACACGGAAGGAUCAGCCCAGGAUCACCUGGAAGCCACAGGGGAAAUGGAAGUAGCUGUCUGCACAGAGAAUAUGGAGCUUUCUCAAAGGACCAUUUUGAGCACAUAAAAUAUAAAAAUGUUCCUGUGUUGUGCUAUAAAGACUUACCAGUAAACUAUGUUUGAUCAGAGAAGACAGGAUGAAAUAACUGGACUCAAACGAACUGAAAAUGGACUAUAAUUUGAAUGAAGCUCCAUUGGCCUGAAACUUGAAGAAAACCUGAGAAUAACUUGACUGACAAGAAUUUUUCAGCAUAUGAUGUUGCUGCAUCUUAUAAUGCUGUUAUGUAUCAGUGAGGUUUUGUUGAACUGAUUAAAAAAAGUCCUCCUGUUGUCAUACUUCUCAUGGAGUACUACUAUGUAUUUUCCUGUUCUAUUUUUAGUAUGUUCUUUCUUCGUGUUAUCAGAUGCAUCAGCAUCAGCUCCUAAUAUGACAUGAUGAGAUGUGACAAAUGCUUAAUUUCUUAGGACUUAUCUAAUAAAUCCAAGCUGGUUGCACAGCAUGAAGCCGUUGGUUCCCAUGCGUCUGCAUG